UCUGCCAGUGGUCUAUGAGACACUUGUUUUCUGAUAAAGAGGAAGGAAAAGCCACCAGCUGUUGUCCCAGAUGCUUGGUGACAGAGUGAACCCAGGCAGGGAAGUGUUCCUGACUUACCCCAGCUUGGGAAAAGCGGGUCAGUCUGGCUGGAGAGGGGGCAGCUGUGAAGGAAGGAUGGGAAUGAUGCUGCGAGCAGCCGUGCUCCUGGGUUCCCUUCUCCACUGCGGCGCUUUUCUGGACCUGAGUGGCCCCAGUGAGGUCAAAGGGGUCUGGAAGGAGUCUAUCACUCUGCCUUGUGCCUAUGUGCCGGUGAAGGACCUCGUGCAGCAAACCCUCACCUGGACUGUGGUACAUAACAAGGGUUCAGGCACCAUCUUUCGGAGGGAUGACGCCGGGGACCAUGUUCUCCUGUCUGAGUACAGGAACAGAGUCAGCAUCCCAAAGGAUGCCCCAGGAAAUGUGUCUCUCCUCAUCCUGAACCUGGAGAUCUCUGACAGAGGGACCUACACUUGCCAGGUCACCUGGAGAGACAGCAAUAACAGCCUGAUAGCAAAGGAGAUCACUACCAGUUUGGAGGUUGUUAAAGUGGCAGCCACCAAGCCCAUCAUCCGAGCUGCGGAGCCGGGGCUGACGCUGCCGGCCGGAGCCAGCACCAGGCUGACCUGCGAGGCCGGCGGGUCCCCUCCCAUCAGCUACCGCUGGUUCCGCAGCGCCCCGGCGGGCACGGCCGAGCUGCUGAGCAGCGGGCCCGAGCUGGCCUGGCCCAGCCUGCGGCCCUCGGACAGCGGCACGUACUUCUGCGAGGCCCAGAACAGGGCCGGGGCCGGCGCCGUGCAGCGCAGCGAUGCCGUGCGGCUGACGGUGACAGAAAAGGCUCGAACAGAGCUGGUGUCUGGAGGCACCUCAGGAAUCUCCUGGACUCCAUGGGGUCCCACCACUACUGCAGAUCUGCCCAUAACAGCAACAACUCCUGAGAGUGGUAUUGGACAUCCAGGGAAGAAUGAAACAAUUCGUGAUUUCCAGAGGACUGGCUUGUCCCUGUACGUGGUCAUCCUGAUUGCUCUGGUGUGUGGUGCUGUGGUUUUCCUUGUCAUCUCUCUUAUCACUUGCAUUAGAAAGCCCAAAGAUGCUCAAGUCUAUGAUGUAAAAUUCCAUAACAUGAAAGCAGCAGCUUCUUCAAGCACAGGUCAUUAUGAGGAACCCAUCUCUGCCACUGAAAACAGCUAUGUGAUACAGCUUGGGGAAAACAAAGUCCCUGAAGAAGUAAAUAAUGUGUCUGACUCUGUUGCAAACCCUCAGGAAUCUGAGUAUGAAGUAGGGGACACUUCCUGAAAACCAACAAUGCUCUGCAGACACCAGUCCUGGGGAGCACCUUCACCCAGACAAAAUUCAUAUUUAUUUUCCCUUUUGCCCCUGGGUUGGACAAGCAGUGGUUGCUCUCUCUUGACAGUCCCUGCAGUGAAAUAUGCAGGAACUCCAGUUACAGACUGCUGUAUAGAAUUUCUGAUUUUGUUUUCCUUGAUUCCCUUUCACCACCUCUAUCCAAGAAAGCCCUUUGAAUGCUGCAGCAGGCUAGGAGCACUGUACUGAACUUACUGCUUUAUCUGGCCAAAAGAACCGGUGUUUCCAGCCUUUGUGUGGUGGAGGAGAGCCAGCACUGAGGGCUGCUCAGCAUCCCCAUCCCUGUGGGUGAGCAGGGCAGGAUGUGGUUAACUUGGGCAUCAAUGGCUCUUCUCCUGCCCACCUGAUGCUGUACAGAUUUGAUAGAAGAGAGAUUUUACAGAAACAAUGAAAGGCAGAUUAAAGCCAAGAGAAACUCAGGAACCUGCCACACUAGAGGAAGCAGGAAUGUCCCCUGCUGUCCUUGUGCUGCCCUUCAUCCCUCUCCACAGCACUGCAGUGAGGUCUGGGCACACUGGCCACAGCUCUGGUACUGCAACCCAGCACAUUCUUUCUGAGCUCGUGUUCUCUGUCCUCUCUUCAAAUGUAUGAUGGAUAUUUGAAAGGAAUUAGGUACUUUUCCAUAAAUUUGUGGUAGGAUUGUUUACACAUGCCUCAUAUAUUUUGCUGUGUGCAUUUCUGCACAACUGGCUUAUUUUGGAAUGCCAGCAAGCCACUCAUAGCCCCUUACUAGAUACUGAAAAAGUACUUUCCUCCCAGCUUAAAAGGCCUGAAGAGUAAGUUAUGAAUAAUUUCUACUGGCCUGAGUAAAUCGAUUAUGCAGAGUUAUGGAGGGACCGUUUUAUAAUGAACAGGGCAAUCCUCUGUAUCCCACUAAAGGCCAUGCAGGCAGAUCUAAAACGGAGGGAGUGACCCAAGAGAUGAGCAAGACACUGGUAACACAGGCACAGGAUUAAUGGGCCCCCAGCUGUGCUGCUCACACUCAGGACAGCUCUGCAUCUGCAGGUCUCUGAGCAUCAGUUCAAAACUCACCAGAAUUCAAAGGGAGCGUGAGGUGCUCAUAGAAAGGUAUUCCAGUCAAAAAACAUGAUUGUGGUAGUGAAAGCCCAUGGAAUGUUGCUACCUUACGUGUGCAUGUUGGCCUCAUCUUGGGUUUAGCAGAGCAAGAAAAGUUACUGAGAAAGAUUGUAAAGAAUAAUUGUCAGUACAAAGCCACAUCUGUGCAAACCAUCUCUUGGAAAAAAAAGAAGAAACAAAUGAGCAAAGAAUGCCUAUGGGGGUCACGGCUGAAAAGGUGAAGUGACUAUUUGUUUCAGUUUCUCUGAAAAGGAUGCAGAAAUUAGUGAUAAUUAUCUGGUAGCACUUUCUAAGGGCAAGGAAGAGUACUGCUUUGUAUGCAACACAGAAAUAAAUGUGGAACACUGUGCUGCUCACCCAGGGCUGAGAGCCAGAGGUCUAAUGGGAAAUUAUAGGAAUUAAUGAUUAAAAAGUUCAUCAGAAUGCACAAACUACCAGGCACACUGUCCAGGCACUUAUCAGUGACCUUAUACUUUCUCCUGUGCUACAAGUUUUAGUUCUCUUCGUUAAGAAUGUCAGGGGAGGAGGGAGCAUGAGGGAAGGCAGAGAUACAGAGGGUGUCCCACUGAGGGACAGGGUGGUCAGUCACACGGGGGUCUGAGCUCUCACUGCUGAAACCACAUGGGUAAGGGCUGCAAGGAAUCCCACAGCUUGCCCCAAAACCACUCAAUACCAGCUGCACUGCAAAGUCAUGGGCAAUGCAGCCCUCCCAAUGUGGUUAAACCGCAAUGUUAUCCUGGCUGGACAGCCAGCACCAGGAGCUGAUGAUAUUAAAUACAGCUGUUGUAAGGCAAGCUCAUGAAACUCAAAAUAAAUCCAUGAAUUACGGUC